CGAUGACGUAUGAAGACACAUGACGUGUUUGUCGUGAAUUAAAAGCUGGUUUUGUCCUGGUCGUUGUUUCUUCUGAUCGCCAACCAAACCAACCAAACCAACCAAACCGCGAUGAACGCGUCCUCGCUGUGGUGUCGGCUGUUGCCGUCCUUGUCGAGUGUUGUGCAGCAAGCACAGCAGUGUGUCGGCCGCAGUGGCGCUGCUGGCAGUCGCCUAGCACCACUGGUGGUGUCAACUUCGAGGCUCAGCAGCUCCAGUAGUGAACCCAAGAACAACAAUGGCGACGUCCUGACACUGGCGCACAGCGUCGUGCAGCCAUCCAGUGGCAGUGCCUGGGCCACGAAGCAAACCGAGCCUGUCUCCAAAGACGCAUCCUCCUCCGCGCCCAUCGUGUUUCUGCACGGGCUGUUUGGAUCGCAGCUCAACUUCCGCACGAUUGGCCGCAUGGUCGCCGACCACACUCACCGGCCCGUCGUUCUGCUGGACCUGCGCAACCACGGCCGCAGCCCGCACGCGCCCACCAUGUCGUACGAGCAGAUGGCUGGCGACGUGGCGCACACGCUGCGCGAGGGCCUCGGCGUCUCCCGCGCAUCCCUCGUUGGGCACUCCAUGGGCGGCAAGACGGCGAUGAUGACGGCGCUGCUGCACCCCGACCUCGUGCAGGACCUUGUUGUCGUCGACAUUGCCCCCGUCACGUACCCGCUGAUGCGCGACACGAUGCGGGUGGCGCAGGCCAUGAAGCAAGUCCCGCUGGCGUCCGGACACAUCCGCACACGGCAGGACGCCGAUGCAGCCCUCAAGGACAACGUGACAGACCCCAUUGUUCGCCGCUUUGUCCUCACCAACUUUGUUCAGGGCAAAGCACCGACGCCACCAACCUGGCGCGUCAACCUCGACGCCAUCCUGCACGAAAUGCACAACCUGAGCGGCUUCCCGCUCCUGCCCGGUGACGCCGCGUGUGCAGACCUCCGUACCCUCUUCCUGCACGGCUCACGCUCAAACUACGUCCUCGACGUGCAUGAGGAGCCCAUCCACGCCUUCUUCCCGCGCGCCGAGCGGACGGCGCUGGAUGCUGGGCACUGGGUGCACGCAGAGAAGCAAGCCGAGUUUGUGCGCACUGUCGUCGGCUUUCUCUCACACACACCAGCACCCAAGGCGUGA